UUCUUAUUCAUUGUUCACAGACAUGGAAAAAAGUGACGCCCACCUAGCAUGAAGGGGUAUAUAAAAUAAGACAUUGAUGGAGAGCAUACUUAAAUAGACUCUUCGGCCAGGACUUUAUACAGAGACGGGAAAUAUAAAGUUCAAUUUCGUGAACAUAUGUCAACCAUGAUCGGGUUUUCAGCGUUUGUUGCAAUUCUACAUAUUGGUUAUGUAGCGACCUUUUCUCCAACAGUGACUGUGUCAUGCUCGGUCGGACCGUCGUACACAUUUACAACGACUGGUGAAUCUGCCACCGGUGUUAUAUUCAUUGACGGAGUAUGCGCCGCCCAGACCACCGAUGGAGGACCAUAUACUUUCACCGAUACAGAGUGUUCCGGAAGUGCUCCUGCUUUAGGAACUGAAUUCAAGUUGGUCAUUCAAGAAUAUGCUACGAUAAAUCUGGCUACUGACUCGAUUGUGAAGGUGACAUGUACCCUGGACACCAGUAAUGUUGAGAAAGUAGUAUCUGUAUCGGCAAGUGGAGAAGAUUUCGACACGACCGACACGGGCUCGGUUUCACCUACGUUCACAGUAGCGGUCGAAGACUCUAUUGGGGAUCCUCUUACUUCCGGCACUAUUGGAGACGCCGCCACAAUUAAAAUUUCGAUUCCUGCAGCAGAAGCACUUGUAUUCGAUUAUCAAGUUACCGGACUUGACAUCGCAGCAACGGACACUGUCACGCUCAUUACCGCUGGGUGCCCAGACUUUUCAGCUAUCAUAGCCCAGCCGUCAUCACCAACAGCCGGAGUUCUCUCUAUUCCUUUCAACUUGUUUAUUCCGAAAGAUACUUCUACAUCAGCUGCUCUACCGGGAACGUCAGCUGUUUCUGUGACCUUCACCUUUGACAUAAAAGUCUGCGAUACUUCUUGUCCAGCGGUAUCUUGUACCAGGAAGAAAAGGAGCAUAGAAAACUCAAAUUCUACCAUUGAAGUUGAGCUUGCAACGUCACUCGUGAUUUACCCUGCAGGUCACAAACCUUUCGCUAAAAUGGCACCAUCGAACGUGGACAUAGAAGAAGAUGAAAAAGAUGUGUGCUUGUCGAAGACACCUCUUAUUGGAGUGUUGGUGGCACUGUCAGGUGCUCUCAUCGUUUGUAUGGGGAUAACAGUAUGGCUGUUCUGUCGACUAAGAAAUCCAAUUAAAGGCGACAGGAAUGAUUUUACCAACAUGGGAUUCAAGUCUUAGAUUUUAAAGAUACCAACAGUUAAAGCUGCAUCGUCACACAUAUCAAAUGUUAAUGCAAACAAAAUGGACAUUAAGUCAUCUGAAAACAUAUCAAAUGCUUAUGAAGAUUGAUUUUUAUCCCUACAGUAGAUUUUAGCAGCUCUAAACUUGAGAUAUUUUUUGUUUUGUUUUGCUUUUGGUCAAUUUCUAACAAGAUGUUAUAUGUAUGCUAAAAAGGUAGACUUUAUAUAUGGAUAUUUAAUUAAUGUCUUCUUAUUCAAAUAAAAUUUUUAUUCAGUUGAAAAGCGAAGAAGAGAACCCGUAUUACACGUGAUCAAACAAGCGUUUGUGUGAAAGUGAUGCCAAUUAUAAUUAUAAAAAAAUGUUUGUACAGAUAUUUACUUUUUAUAAUUCUGAAGAAAUUAUUUUUUUACGCCAAGAAAGUGCUUAAAAGAUAACAUCGUCAUAUGGUUUGCUUUUUUC